AUCAGCUCCUGUUGUGCAGAUGUGGCCAUGUCCCUCCUCACCAACUCUUCCUCAGUGGAGAUGUUUCCCAGGCAGUUACCAGGAAAAGCAAAAGCAGCUCUGUUACUGCAAUGGAACGUGGUAAAUCUGAAUCCUCAUGUGUGAUCUCCUGUGAAGAAGCAGCAGGUGACAUAAAUGAAAGAUACUGGCAACAUUACCAAGCUAUGUUUCCAGUUCAUUCAUCCUUGGAAAGCAUCCACAAGUAUGAGGACAAGAAGAUGCAGCUUGCAACCACACAGUCUUUCUUUGAGAAGGGCUUUCCAGCUAACAGCACGAAAGGUGAGCUGCUGCGGGAAGGUGUGCAAGUGGGAAUGAAUGGAAAAAAAAAUGUCAAGACCAACACAGAUGCUGAUGCAAUACAGCUGAAUUAUGUCCCUGGUGUAUACGUGUGCUCCCUUCCCAUGAAAGGUGAGGUGACUCGGUCAGAGAGCGCCAUCCAUCACCCCCUUCUCUCCUCCUCCUGUCUAACUGCUGCCAGAAAAACCUCUGGCUCAGAAAGUGACUCUUCCAACUGUUGCAAGCCAAAACUGGAAACACCAGAGAGUUACAAGAGUGCAGACAAAGGAUCUAUGUUUAACCCUUGCCUGGGGAGUAGAAGCUGGUGCAAGUGCUCCCAAGAAAUCCUGCUCCACCGUCUGGAAGAAGGUGCUAGCUACAAGGGGAGGAGAGGAACCCUUUCAAAGAGCAAUAUCCCAGACAUCAUCCAGGAUGUUUCACAAAAUCACCACUGCUAGAAAAAAAGAUGAAAGCACAGGAUCUAUGUGAAGGCAGAGCUCAGUACAGCACUGGAUGAAGCUGUUGAAUAAGGAUGAGAUGUGCUGGCUUCAAAUCCCUGGUGAGAGUUUACAUCAAAGUAUGCAUG